UCCAUUGAUAAGACAAAGAUAAACGUUGAGUGCAGAUUAGUUAUAAACGGUGAGCGAAUGACAGUGCGUUUGUAACGUUCGAUGAGAAAAUGUUUUUCGCUUUAUGUGUGGUGGGAUUAUUAUCACUUGUGUCAUCAGAAAGCUGUUUUUACCAGCGGUGCUUAGCCUGUCACCCACAGGAAACAAUAUGGCCUGGAAAUCCCCAAGAAUGCGAUCCUUCUCACUGGGUAACAGCGGAAUGGGUUCAUAAUCUGGGACAUCCACCGCCAAGAACUGAUUCCAGGAUUAACGUGGAAAUGCGUUGUCUCAAAAUGGUGGCUACGCCCGACGACAAGACUUUUGGAAAUACGGUAGAUGUUAUCAAAGGAUGUGUGCCGAAGGUGCAGGUUGAUUCAGUAUGUCUAGGCUUGGUAGCGGUCGAGCGCGCUCGGGGUCACAGCGACGCAAGAUGCUACAUCUGCAACGGAAACGAUUGCAACUCCGCGUCACAUAUCAACCCCAGUAUGGCUCCUUUGCUACCGCUCAUACUAUACUAUGUACUAAGGUGAACAGGAUGUAUUAAAAAUAGAGUUAAUACGCGUAAUUAAUGCGAAAUUAUAAGAAUACGACAGGUCCUUAAUAGACAUUUAACUAUUAAUAUCAAAGGUAUAAAACACUCAGAUUAAGUAGAAUUCUGACUAUGCGGCAUGGAAACGAUUUUGCGACCGCUUCGUUCACCUUAAGGUUACCAUACAGACCAGCCUCUAUCGACUAGAAAUGUUAAACUAGAUGUCUUCGUCUGCAUCUCCUCCGUUAAAAGUAUCGCGAUAUUGUGAUAUUUUUUACUUAAGUUUGAUAGUUUUUAAUAAGAUGCUUCAUAGCAUUCAUAUUUAAUAUGUGAAAUGGUUAUUAGUAACACCCUUAUACAUGAACAAACUGUAUCUCAAAAAGCUGUUAAAUGAUUUUUCCUAAUCUCGUGUCGCUUUGUAAAUAAAUAAACUGGUGUCAA